AAACAUUUAAAGCUUUACUAAAAGAAAACACUUAACUAUUUCACUAAAAUUCUAACAAAAUGUUCAAGUUGUACAUCUUCGCUGCUCUCUUUGCCUUGGCUGCUGCUCGCCCUGGCUAUUUGGCUUCUUCUCCAGCAGUUUUGUCUUCCCCUCACGGUCACUAUGUACAUUCUAGCCACUACUCGGUACCUGUUGUGAGGACUAUCGUUACCCCUAUAGUUCAUACUUCAGUUGUUAAGACUGUUGUACCAGUAGUACAUACCCCAGUUGUUAAGACUGUGGUUCAUGCUGCUCCAGUUGUUCAUGCUUCUCCCUUGUACCAUUCUGCUCCCGUAGUCGCCAGUUAUGCUCCCGCUUAUGGUGUAUGGAAAAAAUAGACUUAAGAAUUUUUCUAAAAGAAUUGAUACAAAAGGAACUGAUUGUUAAAUUAAGAAGAAUAAAAAAUAAAUAUUUAAUAAA